ACCGAGUAAGGCGGUUGACUAUGAUUACUAUAAUCGGACCCAUGCUACUACUGAUUCUACAGAAUUGCUCCCAUCCCCAGCCCCAACUACUCCUAUAUAGGGACUACCCUGUUUUCCUCUCACUUCUCAGUAAUUGCUCUGCCGCUUUUAUCUUUCCGCCUCCACUCCACAUUACGUUCCUUCUUUCUUCAUUUUCGUAUAUACUCCUUCCUCGAAUCAGUAUCCGUCCAAUUCUUGUCUUCCUAUCCAUCUCCAAAUUAUUCCCCCAAUUCUUAGCUUUGUUUCCGAUAUUAGCAUUCAAUAAAGCAAACCAGCCUCCCAGAUGAGCUGAUCUAAUCACUCUGUUUUUGUUGCAUUGAUUAAGCUGGAUCUCUCCAAACACUUUCUUCCUUAGCCGCACAAUUAUAAAAAACUUCCACAAUAUGUAACUUUGAUUAAUCCGGUAAUUUCUUCUUCCCCACCCAAAAAAACCCUAAAAAAGUUCGUUUUUCUUCGUUUUCUUCAUGUCUCGUUAAGAUUUCUAGCUCGUUAUCGUUCUGGCUGCAAUAGAGGCGGUCCUGUAGCGGCACCUUUAGAAAAACCGGAAAAUCAUGUAGCUUGGACCGGUUCAGUAGCACGCGAAGCUCUGUUUUCCCCAAAAAAAGAAAAAAAAAACAGUUUAUUUGGAUUGGAAGGAGGAAAUGGCGGAAUCGGAAAGUGGAACCCCGACGGCGCCGGCGACUCCGGGCACGCCGACUCCGCUGUUCACGUCCCUGCGGGUGGACUCGCUGUCGUAUGACCGGAAGUCAAUGCCCCGGUGCAAGUGCCUGCCUUUCGGCGCUCCCACGUGGGGGGAACCUCACUCGUGCCUCACCGACUUCCCCUCGCCGGACGUUUCCCUGUCCCGUAAGCUUGCGGCGGAGUUCGUAGGGACGUUUAUCCUGAUAUUUGGUGCAACAGCGGGGCCCAUUGUGAACCAAAAGUACAAUGGUGUGGAGUCACUAAUAGGAAACGCUGCCUGUGCGGGGCUGGCGGUUAUGAUCGUCAUCCUCUCCACUGGGCACAUCUCGGGAGCUCAUCUCAAUCCUUCCCUCACCAUUGCCUUUGCUACGCUCCGCCACUUCCCGUGGCCUCAAGUGCCGGCUUAUAUUGCUGCCCAGGUCUCGGCAUCCAUAUGCGCCUCCUUUGCUCUCAAAGGUGUUUUCCACCCCUUCAUGGCUGGUGGCGUCACCAUUCCUUCCGUUGGCACUGCCCAAGCUUUCGCCCUCGAGUUCCUCAUUACCUUUAAUCUCCUUUUCGUUGUCACGGCCGUUGCUACUGAUACUCGUGCGGUAGGAGAACUAGCAGGAAUAGCAGUUGGAGCGACAGUUAUGCUCAACAUUCUAGUAGCAGGGCCAUCCAGCGGGGGUUCGAUGAAUCCUGUGCGCACAUUGGGGCCAGCAGUGGCAGCAGGAAAUUACAAGUCACUAUGGAUAUACCUAGUGGCACCUACUCUUGGGGCACUUGCCGGAGCAACUGUCUAUACGGUGGUGAAGCUGCGGGAAGAAGACGCGGUACCUAUUACGCGCCCGAGGAGUUUCCGCCGCUAAUCAACCUCAUUAUCAGCUCGGCGUAUCCUACCAUGAUCCCAUCCAUCCAUCCAUCCACCUAUCUGCCUGUAGUACAAAAUCCAUGUGAAUAAUUAAUAAAAUGAUCGAGAUUGAACUCUUGAAGGUUUACAAGUAACUUCAAGUUUGGUCUCCUACCUAUAUGCGUGUUGUGUUAUCCCCAUUUGGUUUGUAUGUGAAAAUGUAAUGAACAGAAUGAGUUUGCAUCUUGGUUUGAUCAUGUAAUGGUGUGUGACUGUGUGAAAAUAAUGAAGGGGGAGUCACUCUCUCACACGCUCCCCCGUACGUGCUUCAAAUAUAGAUUGUAAUAAUAUAUCGAUAUAUAAUACUUGUGUGUUGUUUGAGUGCUUAGUGUUUGUGCCCCAAUAUAAAAUGCAGAUAUAUUAUUUACUUAAUUUACUAUUGAAAAUACAAUCACAUAUUAUCAAUU